GAGAGAGAGAGAGAGAGAGUGAAGCAAAAGACGGUGCAGGUUCUGGGGUCGAUCUGUCAAUGUGAUUAGGUAAAACCAUUUCAAGUGCACGCAUUCACUUUUAUUUCUUCACAAACCGGCUAAGUAGACACGUCUUUAUUUGAACUGCAACUCUUUGUUUCCAGAACCAACCAGACUUUGGAUGAUGUUUUUUCAAGACAACUGCUAACUUUCUACGUUUAAAAAAUAAAUAAAAAGAUCGGAUUGCAUUUUUUCCCUUCAAACAUUUUCGAGGUGAUGUCAUCGCGCUGUGUUUUGGCUGGUAUUGUGUCGGAGCUCUGGGAGGACCGCAACCAGGCAACCAGCGGCUGAGACUACCGGGGAAGUCCGGGAAAUCAGGUGCAGAGAGCGGCUGUCAUUUCCGCGCUGUCGCGGGUGGCUGGGUCCGCCACCCAGUCACAGCUGUUCACAUCCUCUCCAAACUACCCCUCCCUCAUUCCCUCCCUCUCACCUCCUCCCCUUCUCUGUUUCAUUCAAAUCUCUCCAUCUCCCUCUGAGCUGGACCGCUCCGGGCUCUUAUUUACUUUAUUGGACACUAUUGGUCGGUGUCCCCUGGGCCAAAGACUCGUUGACCCAGCGUGGGGGCGCAGCCAUGACCGAGUCCGCCCUACAGCACCCUGCGCCCGCAGAGCCCCCGUUUCCAGGUCGCUCUCUGCUUCAGGCCGUCCAGGUACCCCGCCUCCCGCAGCGCCUGACCUUGGCUCGCAGAGAUUAGAGGGACAUACCCGUCGCUACAGCCUUAUCACGGACUACAAACCACUCACCUACCAGUCCGUCUCUGCUCUCUUAGUCAAAUGAAUAAUUGUGGAAAAGUUUACCAUCUGCAAGUAUAUCGUUGCACUGAAACAUUACAAGCUGGAUUACGCAUGAGACCAGCGCUGGGAAAGUAGUUAAUAUUCCCGACUAGUCUACCCAUCCCUGGUUCGGACAGACAGUGAUUUCAUCAUUCCUUCCAGACGGUGAGUGGAUCGGAGUUUUUUUUCCGUGAACGCGCGUUCACCUGUUCCUCUCCACCCCGGGGGCGCGCAGCCGUUUGAUCCCCUAACCUCGCCCAGCCCCUCCCCUCUUCAACGGCCGCCGUGACAGCCUCUAAAGGUUGCCCGCCGGUCACAGUGGCACGGCCACCUCAGCCUCACACCCCGCCCUUCCCGCACACUCAUCCUCGCCGGGGGAACCGGGGCACGCCGCCGAUGCCAACAGGAGUGUCUGCUGACUCUUUGACCCUCCACUUCAUUCAGCGGAUUAAAAAGACCGACGGAAAGUCUCCGGACUGUCGGACUGGCUCUAACCGAGCGAGGGGGACUGACUCUGGGUGAAGUUCCAUAGUGGAGGGGGGAAGCGAUGUGGUCCUUUCUCUCCACGCUGGCUGUCUUAUGUAUCCAGAUAUUGCUGGUGAUGUGCAAUCCAAUGCAGCAGGUGUUUGGCGUGGAUGGGGUUAACUUCAGCGUUCAUGUGGAAAACCAGACACGUGUGCGAGACGCCAUGAGCCGGCGGCAGCACCGCGUCUACCAGCUCUACAGCCGCACCAGCGGCAAGCAUGUCCAGGUGCUCGGGAGACGCAUCAGCGCCCGCGGAGAGGACGGAGACAAAUAUGCCCAGCUCGUAGUGGAGGCAGACACCUUUGGUAGCCAGGUGAGAAUCCGCGGCAAGGAGACCAACUACUACCUGUGCAUGAACCGCCGUGGCAAGCUUGUGGGAAAGAAGGCCAGUAACCGUAGUGCCGACUGCGUGUUCGUAGAGAAGGUUUUGGAGAACCACUACACAGCGCUAAUGUCAGCGCGCUACGCCGGCUGGUACGUGGGUUUCACCAAGAGGGGGCGCCCUCGUCGAGGCCCGCAUACCCUGCCCAACCAGCAGGACGUCCAUUUCAUGAAGCGCUUCCCUCCGGGAGAACAGCCUGACCUCACGCCUUUCCGCUUCACAACCGUCAGCAAGAGGAGCAAGAGGGUCCGAGCCACUGGUCCUCGCUAGCUAGUGACUAACCUAGCCAGCGGCCACACUGCCCUACCUAACAAUUGAUAACUGCUAAUCGCUAAGCUAAUGGACCAGGGCUACGCCCAGACUUCUUCCCCCGGUGUCCCACCUGACGCUUGCCUCUACUGGGACAACAGUGACGUGCCUGUUAGUUGCCAUUCCUGCUUUUCCUCCAGACCUCAAUUACUUCUAUUGGACCCUGUCCAUCACCAACAGCAUCUUGACCAGCCUGGCUGACUCCCUUGCACAGCCCAGAGACACUGACAAGGCCCCUGAAGGGUAGCUAAAUUUAGGCCCAGGUUUUUCUGUCUACAUGGGCCUUUUUUCCCCAGACCCACAAACUUGUGAUGCUAUCUGGCUGAGAAUAUUUUGGGGUGAUAGUCCCCCAAGGCAUAACGAGGCCUGUGGGACAGCAGCAAGAGGGGGCAGGUGGAUGAAAAGAGUCUAAGACUAGAUGGAGGACAAACAGGAUGUGCAUGGAGGACACAGGAAGUCAAUAUGAGUGUAAGAAAUUUGUGGACUAAUUUGACUCUCUUAUAACUCUGUCUCACUCCUUUUCUGAGGACAGAUUAAUGAAUGAAUGUAUAAAUGAACGGAUUGGGUGGAUGGAUGAAUUGUUUGCGUGUGUGUUUGUUUGUUUGUUUGUUUAAAUGCACCAAAGAUAAUUUGUGAAACUAGUUGGAGAGACUUGUGAGUGGGAGUAUGCAUGCCCCUUUUACUAAGCCCCUGACACCUCCACUGAAGAGACAGAAGCUGUACAAACUGGAAUGUAUAAACCAAGUUGCACCAAAACAAACACAUCUAAUCUACAAUCGACCAAAGACAACUGGAGACCAACGACACGACACCUACACAAGUCCCACCCCCAGAACACGAAACCCUCUGCUUAUAGGUCCAGAGGGUGAUUGACGAGCGGGCGUGGGGGCAGGGUGCUUUCUCUUCAUACUAGCGUUGCUAUAGAAACGACCCAGGGGAUGAUGCUCCCAUGGAAACCAUGGAUACAGAAUGCUGCUAACAGGACAUUCAGUGGAACCAAAGUCUCAUGAUACACAAAAAAAAUAUUAAAGGGAACAAUUUAUUAAAAGCUAUAUAUAUAAAGAUGACAAAAAACUCCAAAUAAGCGAUCUUACUAUGAUUGUUACUAUAAUUGUUGUUAUUAUUAUAAAAUUAUUUCACUUAUUUAUUUCA